AAAACAGUGCAAGCGUUUCUGGCGGUUUCUCGUUUCAAAGGCUCUUUCAACCGGGGAAAGGUUUCAUCAUGCCGCAGCCACGGUGGAAACUAUCAAACUCUUCGGGUGGGUUUGAGGGCCCUCAUGGUCCAUUUUCAGCGCGCCAGAAGCAUCUGCAGAGCUGGGCGAUGUCGUCGUUUUUUCCAAUCUGCCGAUGUCUUUCUGGACCAUCGGGAAGCGAUUCAUGGGAAGUUGAAAGCAAGAUACGAGGACUUUGUGGUGCGAGAGGUGUCUCAGCAAGGGGAGGUGGUGGAGUUGAAGGAUACCGACCUGGCAACGCAGUGGCAGAAAUCUUCGCCGGGCGAGGUGGCCCGACUGGUGUUGGCCAAGGAAAACCGCGACGUUGCAGAUGCCAUCGCCAUGUUGGCGAAGCAUCUGGAGAUCGAUCCCCGCGAGGUUCGUUUCAAUGGCCUGAAGGAUCGCAGGAGCAUCAGCUAUCAACACGUCAGCCUUCCCUGGCACCGCCUCUCCCUUCGUGCACUGCAACGCCUUAGCACCGGCGUCUCCACCUGGGACCCAGCGGUGCAGCUGGGAGAUCUGCGACGAGGAGAGCACUGCCGCCUGGGUGAUCUGCGUGGCAACCACUUCACCAUCGUCCUCCGCGACGUCUCGUUGCGCCAUGGCACGGUCGCUGCGCUCCUGGAGCAGACGCAGCGGGCGGCGGAGCAGCUGCGAGGCGAUGGCUUUGUGAACUACUUCGGGGAGCAACGCUUUGGGGGUGCCAUGCGCCCGAGCCCAGCUGUGGGAGCAGCGCUCCUGCAGAAGGAUUUCCGGCGGGCCUGCGAAGUCAUGGUCUGUCAGAUGCAUGAGGCCACCGCCUCCAACGCCCAGCUCCCGGCACUCUUCGCCGCGGCGAAGUUCGCCGCGCUGCGCGCGGCGCUGCCGCGGCGCUGCGCUGCUGAGCGGCGGCUGCUGCGGCGCCUGGAGCGGGGCGAGGGCUUCGAGGCUGCGCUGGAAGAGCAGAAGAUGCUUGGCAGGUUGUUCUUCUUGAGAUCCUUCACGUCACAUGUAUGGAACCAGGUGGUCACCCGGCGCUUGCAGCGCUUCGGCUCUCGCGUCUUCCCGGAAGAUCGGGUGAUCGAUGGCCUCGAUGGGACCUCCGGGCCGCAGCUGCGCCACGUGCUGCUGCCGCUGCCCGACACGGCCUCCGCGGCGGUGCCGCAGCUGCCGCAGGCGGUGCGGGAGAUCUACGAAGAGGUGCUGACGGAAGCGAAACUGGACCCACCUGGGCAGCGCCCUUCGCUCUCCGUCCCCUGGCGUCGCCUCGUGGCGCAGCCGGAGCUGCUGCGGUGCCGCCUUGUGGCCUAUGAGGAGCCCGUGGAGCGCCUGGUGCUGUCGGCCAUGGACACGUUGAAAGGACGAAAGUUGGAGGAUGGGAUCAAUCCCUUGGAGUCGCACAAAAGUCUGCAGGAUCCAAGGUAUGGUAUCAUCAUGGAACUCCAGCUGUCCGCGGGCGAGUACGCCACCGUGGCCGUGCGGGAGUUCAUGCAAUGCUCGCCGCAAAAU